AGAGCCCGCUUCAUAUCGAGGUAAUCUGGCUGUGGUUGACGUGAAGCGAGAAGCAUCAGCGCCAUACUAGAGAACCAAACAUGAAAGUCUUACUAGUCUUAGCUUUUGUGGGCUUGGCCUUUGUGGCAGCCGAGGAUAAGCGUUUAACAUGCACGGCUUUCUCGGACAGCCUGAUAGAGAAGAUGAACGAUCAGAUCAACCUGGAGUUACACGCCAGCUACCUGUACCACGGUUACGCCCGGUACUUUGGCCGUGAUGAUGUGGCUCUUAGCGGAUUUGCGGACUUCUUCAAGCACGCCUCAUCUGAGGAGAAGGAUCACGCGGACAAACUGAUGGAGUAUAUGAACACCCGCGGCUGCCGAUUCCUGCUCAAGGACAUCACCUACAAGGACGUCUGUGACAAGAUCAACGAGAAGAAACCAGCAGAACUCUCCAGCGCAUGCAUUUGUGAAUUUACCGCUGCUGCCACAGGAGGUGACCCGUCUUCCUGCUCCGCCAAUCGUCCCGAAUGGUUCAAUGGCAAACAGGCCAUGGAGAACGCCCUGACCAUUGAGCACCAUGUGAACGAUGAGCUGUUGAAACUUCACAGAUCUACCAACGAUCCUCAUUUCGAAAAAUUCUUGGAGGACAACUACCUGGACGAACAGGUGCACGCCAUCAAGGAGCUGUCUGAUUACAUCACUAUCCUGAAGAGAACUGGAGACGGUCUGGGUGAAUACUUGUUCGACAAGGAUCUGGACUCCAAGUACUAGAGAGUUCCACUUCCGCCCUCGUCCUGGAAACAUCAUGGCUAACACGCAGAGAGCGUUACGCAACACAGAACGUACAUUUCAUUUCCAUCUCCUAGCAUCCAGUGUCCUCUCACUGUGAAGGCAACAUGUGAAAGUAUCUGCAGAUCUGUACCAUGUACAACAUUUCUGUUAAGAAGAUAAUAAACAAAAGCUAAGGAAAACAUU